UACCUGGAAUGUUGCAGCACAGCCUCAAAACAGGCUAUACCAGUAACCGCUUCUCAAAGCCGACACGCAGAAGUGCUUUCACGCAGUACCUGUAGACAUGUCUCAAAGCAAACCUGAGGAGCGUCUAGCUUUGGAGUUGAGCUGUGCAAUCUGUUUGCAGCUGUAUCGUGAUCCUGUGGCCCUUCCAUGUGGACACAAUUAUUGCUUGGGUUGUAUACAAAAUGCUGCCAGCGCAGAAGAUCCCAAGUCCCCAAAACGGUGCCCGGAAUGCAGGGAAGAAUACGGCAGCCCGGAGAUGCUUCCCAAGAACUUCAAGCUUAGCAGUAUCGUGGAUGGGUUCCUAGUGGCCACGACAGGCGGCGGACUGAAAGGAGGCCCUACUGUGCCAUGUGACCAGUGCCUGGACGACCCUGUAGCUGCGGUGAAAUUCUGCACACGCUGUGAAAUGUCACUGUGCCCCGGCCAUCUCAAAAAACACGAGGAACGGCACCGCUCGCUACACGUUUUAGUGGAGCCGUCUGCAGAACGGGAUGGGAAGAGGUGCCCGGUGCACUUGAAGGUCACGGAGUACCUGUGCGCACAGGAGCGCCUGUUCCUCUGCUCCGAGUGCUUGAUGGAGGGCACUCACCAGCACCACGAGGUGCAGACAUUCGAGGUGGCGAAGGAGGAGAUGAAGAGAGUUCUUGAGGAACUGGGGAAGUCUGUAUCUGACAAGUUACAGAUUACAGAAGCUCUGGUGAAAAGUGCCAGUGAAGGUCCUACAGAUAAGGCCGAAGAUAAGCUGGUGGCCAGAGCAAACAUACUGCUGGACAACAUGACUUCACUUAUAAGUACAUACAAGAGUCGUAUGAGCACUGUGAUGAACGAUGAGCUUCAUUCUCGGGACAAAAGCUGGCAGGCCAAUCUGUGCGACUUGGAGGGUUGUCUACACCAGCUGCAAGAAGCCCAAAAGUGCACCGGUGAGGUUCUCUCUCAAUCCUCAGAGUUUCUCUUCAUCCAGAACUACAUCAACGUCGAAGCAAGGGUCCGCCAGGCUGCUAACGUCACCAUUCCUGCACUACCUUCACAAGAGUCUUCCAAUGCCAAGCAGCUGCGCUCGAUCCUACGUACAGAUGCCUUCCAUGCCGAGAUGAGUCUUCUGUUGGAGUACCUCCAUGGCUUGAUGAACCCUCUAGACCUGACCUUCAACCCAGCCACGGCCCAUCCUAGUCUUCUGCUCUCCAGCGAUCUCAAAACAGUCAAGCAGUGUCCCGGAGUUAAGAGCAGCACCGCUGGAGAUCAGAGCGAACGCUUCUCCACGGCCACUCAAGUCAUGUGCACCCAGAGUUUCUCCACAGGGGUUCACAUGUGGGCAGUGGAGGUUGGUCCUGGGUGUAUGUGGUCUCUGGGACUGUGCUAUAAAAACAUCUCACGUAAAGGUGACCACAGCAGGCUGGGGCAUAAUACCAGUUCCUGGAGGUUGCAGUGGAAAAACAAGAAGCUGACGGCGUGCUAUGACUCGGCUAAUGUGGCCGUAGCUGAAGGGCUGGUCAUGCCGCCAAAGAAGGUUGAAGUGACCCUGGAUUACGAAGGAGGAACUAUUGCAUUCCACAGCUCAGGUAAUGGAGGGCGAAGGCAGCACCUUCAUACAUUUAGUGCUGUGUUCAAGGACACAGUAUAUCCUGCGUUCGCGAUCCACUCUACUUCGGAGGAGUCAUGGAUAACUCUUCUGACUGGAGUUUGACUGACACCAGCAUGCUUUCAUUUUCACUCUUGCAUCAUUCUCUUUGUCCUUUUUUCAUUCUUUAUGCAUUAUUAUGCCUAAACAUAUGCACUUGUAAAGAAACACCCAUGUCAUGUCAUGCACAUUUAAUUUAAAAUAUUGUAACAACUUGGCAGUUCUUGAUGUAUAGGAAAAAUGUUGGUAUGAUAUUAAAGUCUUCAUUUAACAUGUUAAAUAAAUAAACCAACAACUUUCAAUGGGCAUGAUGCUUCUGGAACAGUCAUAAAAUACCAGAGCAAAGCAACCAAAAUUACAAACUUACUUUUGAAAAACUGUGAAUGAAAUGUUUGCGCAACACCUAUAAGUAUUGGCAUAAACAUAAAAAUAGGAGAAACUGAAUGGGUUUUGUUUAAAUGUUACAUAAAGUAUAGUUUUUUUGGCCCUAAAUAAGAUUUAGAAAUGAAGAAAGUAGGCUGUACAAAGUGUGUUAUAUCUAGAGGUCAGAUUUUUUUUGUCUCUGGGAAACAAUCAAAUUCAGACGCUCUUUAAGAGCAUGAACAUUAUCAGUGCAUUCGAGGUAUGUCAUAAGAGUUUUGCUUGUAGUUUGACUUGAACAAAUGCUAGGGACAGUAAAAGAAUGCACUGCAUGCACAUGAUGAGUACAUUUACACACAUGCUAAUGAACAACAUUCUUCAGGGGCAUAUAUGUGCUGUUUUACUAAAUAUGCAAAAACACCUGCAAAGUUCUCUGUGUAUACCAUGGUCUGAACAUGCUUUCACACUGAACAGAAAUAAAAGCAAAUGUACAUAA